CAAUGAAUGUACCAAACUCCACUUGGAUAAGCAGGAGUUUUAACGGAGAGCUCGCAGCUUGUCUUUGCUCGGUGGAAGGGGGGCGGAUAGCUGAGAGAGAAUGCACGGUGCUUGUCCUUGAGACAUGACUGCCCGAAGGUUUCCCAUAUAUAUUCCCGGGACGUCCAAAGACUUCAACGUGGCUGUUUAAAAAGAUGUUGGGUGUUUUUGUCAAAGCCGUGCUGCGGCCUGGCCUGGUGAAGCCAUGCCGCCUGGUCAGAUCAGUAAUACAGAUCCCAGAGAGGACCCUGGUCCACCAGGAGGGUUUACCUAAGCUGCCUGUGCCACCCUUGAAGCAGACGUUUGAGCAAUACCUGGCUGCUCUGGAGCCCAUCGUCAGCGAGGAGGAGCUGGAACACACCCGGCAGCUGGUGCAGGAGUUCCUCAAUGGUGGUGUUGGGGAAAGGCUGCAGAAAGGCCUGGAGCGACGGGCACGCAAGACAGACAACUGGCUGUCAGAAUGGUGGAUGCAGUCAGCCUAUCUAGACUGCCGUAUGCCCUUGGCGGUGUACACCAGCCCAGGGGUGGUCCUGCCUCGCAUGCACUUCCACGAUCGUCAAGGACAGAUGAGGUUUGCUGCCAAACUGAUUGCAGGAGUAUUGGCCUUUAAAAAAAUGAUUGACACGGAUACACUGCCCAUAGAGUAUCUGAGUGAGAAGCCGCUGUGCAUGGACCAGUAUUACCAGAUCCUGUCCUCCUGUCGUAUCCCUGGUCCAAAGAGAGAUACUGUUGUGAAUCACAGCCUCGGGAAAAUACCUAUCACUCAUAUCACUGUGGUCCACAACUUCCAGUUCUUUGUCUUGGAUGUGUACCACAGCGAUGGCACCCCGCUGACAGAAGACCAGAUUUACAUGCAGUUGGAGAAGAUCUGGAACUCAUCCUUGCAGACUAACAAGGAGCCUAUUGGCAUCCUCACAUCACAGCACCGCAACACCUGGGGGAAAGCCUAUAACAACCUCAUCAAGGAUAAGACAAAUAAGGAGUCAGUCCGUGCCAUCCAGAAAAGUAUCUUCACAGUGUGUCUGGACGCCCCGAUGCCACGGGUGUCAGACGAGCUGUACCCGAGCCGCGUGGCUGCCCAGAUGCUGCAUGGAGGAGGAGCUCGCUGGAACAGCGGCAACCGCUGGUUUGACAAGACAAUACAGUUCAUCGUUGGUGAAGACGGUACAUGUGGACUAGUUUAUGAACAUGCACCUGCCGAGGGUCCACCCAUUGUGUUUCUCAUUGAUUUCGUUGUUAAAUACAUGCGGCGAACUGAAAUAGUUCGCUCUCCCAUGUUUCCCCUGCCCAUGCCUCUGAAACUGCGCUUUAACAUUACACCUGAGAUCAAGAGAGACAUUGAGAGAGCCAAACAAAAUAUGAACAUGAUGGUGCAUGACUUAGAUGUGAAGGUGCUUAUGUUUUCUCAUUUUGGAAAAAAUGUGCCAAAGAAACAUAAGCUGAGUCCAGAUGCCUUCGUCCAAAUGGCUUUGCAACUGGCCUACUUCAGGAUGUAUAAUAUGUGCUGCGCAACCUCCGAGAGCGCAUCGUUACGAAUGUUCAAAUAUGGGCGAACAGAUGCAAUCCGUGCAACUACUAUGGACUCGUUCAAAUUCGUCCAGGCAAUGCAAGACCCAGCUAAACAGAACGUAGAGAGGCUGGCGCUGCUGCGGGGGGCCAUUCAGACACAUAAGGAGCACACGUACAACGCAAUCUAUGGACAAGCCAUAGACAGACACCUCCUCGGGCUAAGGUUGCUGAGUAUUGAAGAGUUGACCUCCAUGCCUGAGAUAUUCAUGGAUACCUCUUUUGCUGUGGCUCAUCAUUAUAAUCUCUCCACCAGCCAGGUUGGCUCCAAGACAGACUGUGUGAUGUGCUUUGGUCCAAUGGUGCCAGAUGGCUACGGAGUGUGUUACAAUCCCAUGGAUGAGCACAUCAACAUCGCCAUCACGGCCUUCAACAGCUGUGAGGAGACGCACGCUGCCAAGUUUGCCCAGGCUGUAGAGGAUGCUCUGUUGGACAUGAGAGCUCUCCUGGAAGACACAGCUACAGCCAAGCAGUGAUCCCACACAGGAGCCCGCCGUGGCGUUCGGGUCCCACUGGGCUGUACAGGAGCUGCAACUGAACCGGUGCCGGAGUCGCUGGCAGAAUGCCACGCUGACAGAGACACACAAUGUACUGAGUGUGCUGGAGCUGAGGAGAAACCCGUUAACAAAGCUUUGUGGGAAGUGCAAUGUGUGAGAUUCUUUAUGAUGUAAAGUCUAUAUUUAAUAUAUUGUGCUAAAUAUAAACUUUAAAAUAACAUAAUUUGCUAAUUGGUAUAGCAUAAAUGUUUAUUUAUACUAUACAUGUCCCUGGUGCAGUCUUCAGAAUGAUACUGUCCUCGCUUGAUGCUUAAAGAUUUUGAAUGCU